GAUUGGCUGAGUCGCCAGGGAUGCUCGAUUACUCGUGUUUGGUAGACAAGAGAUGCUGCCGGACUUAAAGCGAACGGCUACAGUGGACGCGGAGGGGGUGUAUAAUUUGUUACUGCUGCUUGAACACGCGUAGUUCCUCAGCUACAACCUCAGCCAAGCAGUCCUCUCACCGGUAUCAGCGCAGUGGAGCGUCUCUGUUACAUCCAUCAGUUCCCAGCUAUGCCCGCCGGCACCAAUGACCCGGACAGUGCGCUGAGUUACCAGAGACAUGAUGAAGAGGCCGUCAUUGACCAAGGUGGUACAAGCUCGGUUCUUAACAUUCGUUAUGAGGAGGAGGAACUAGAAGGUCAUAGAACCUUAUAUGUUGGAGUUCGUAUGCCUCUUGGAAAACAGAGUCACCGGCACCAGAGAGCUCAUGGGCAAAAGCACAGGAAGCGAGACCGAAUGAAGGAAGCCAUUCAGGAGGAAGGGCAUGGUUCUCCUACACAUGAUACUCCCUCACAAAGGGUGCAAUUUAUUCUUGGUACUGAGGAUGAUGAAGAACAUAUUGCUCAUGAACUGUUCACUGAAUUGGAUGAAAUUUGCGUCAGAGAUGGAAAGGAGGCUGAAUGGAAGGAGACAGCAAGGUGGUUGAAGUUUGAAGAAGAUGUAGAGGAUGGUGGUGAACGCUGGAGUAAGCCAUAUGUUGCAACACUUUCAUUACACAGCCUCUUUGAGCUACGCAGCUGCAUCAUCAAUGGAACUGUCCUUUUGGAUAUGCGAGCUAACACCUUUGAAGAAAUUGCAGAUAUGAUUCUGGAUCACCAGGAGUCCUCUAUGGAACUGAAUGAGACUAUGCGGUUGAAGGUCCGGGAUGCUCUUUUAAAGAAACAUCAUCACCAAAAUGAAAAAAAGAGGAAUAAUUUGAUUCCCAUGGUACGUUCAUUUGCAGAUGUUGGCAGGAAGCAAUCUGAACCACACUCUAUGGAUAAGGGUGGUCAGUCGGUGUCCCCUCAGUCUACUCCAGCAAAUCUUGAUGUGAAAAAUGGGGUUAACUGUGAGAGCAGUGCAACAGAUUUGAGUAAGGCAGAUCUUCAUUUUAUGAAAAAGAUUCCUACUGGUGCUGAAGCCUCCAAUGUCCUCGUGGGAGAGCUAGAGUUUUUGGACCGGCCACUUGUGGCAUUUGUUCGACUUUCUCCUGCCGUUCUUCUUACUGGACUAACUGAAGUUCCAAUAGCUACAAGAUUCGUCUUUAUAUUGUUGGGACCAGUUGGAAAAGCCCAGCAAUACCAUGAGAUUGGCCGGUCCAUGGCAACCUUAAUGACUGAUGAGAUUUUCCACGAUGUUGCAUACAAAGCCAAAGAUCGAAAGGACCUUUUAGCUGGAAUUGAUGAAUUCCUUGAUCAGGUAACAGUUUUACCACCUGGAGAAUGGGAUCCCUCCAUUAGAAUUGAACCACCCAAAAAUGUUCCUUCUCAGGAAAAAAGAAAGACAGCUAAUGUUCCUAAUGGGAAUGUGUGCCAUGUGGAACCAGAACAACAUGGAGGUCACAGUGGUCCUGAGCUUGAGCGUACUGGCAGGAUUUUUGGAGGGUUAAUUCUGGAUAUAAAGAGGAAGGCUCCCUGGUUCUUGAGUGAUUUCAGAGAUGCAUUGAGUUUGCAGUGUAUAGCUUCUUUUCUUUUCCUGUACUGUGCCUGCAUGUCACCUGUAAUCACAUUUGGAGGACUGCUUGGAGAGGCAACAGAAGGAAGAAUUAGUGCAAUAGAAUCCUUAUUUGGUGCUUCCAUGACUGGAAUAGCAUACUCCCUCUUUGCUGGACAGCCUCUCACAAUACUGGGAAGUACGGGUCCAGUGCUGGUGUUUGAGAAGAUUUUAUUUAAGUUCUGCAAGGAGUACAAACUAUCUUAUCUUUGCUUGAGGACGUGCAUUGGACUGUGGACUGCAUUUCUGUGCAUCCUCCUUGUUGCUACAGAUGCCAGCUCCCUCGUCUGUUACAUUACUCGCUUUACAGAAGAAGCUUUUGCUGCAUUAAUCUGCCUUAUUUUUAUCUAUGAGGCGCUAGAGAAAUUGAUCCAGCUUGGUGAAACAUAUCCUAUUCAUAUGUACAGUCAUCUGGAUGAGCUUACACAUUAUUACUGUAAGUGUUCGGAACCAAAUUCUCCUUCUAAUAAAACAUUGCUGUACUGGCAGAACCAAAGUAUCAUUCCUUCAGCAGUUCCGUGGGAAAACCUCACUGUUAGUGAGUGUCACCGACUUCAUGGUGAGUUUGUUGGGCCGUCUUGUGGACACCAUGGACCUUUUACCCCUGAUGUACUUUUCUGGUCCUGCAUUCUGUUCUUCACAACGUUUGUGAUGUCCAGCGCCCUGAAGCAAUUCAAGACAAGUACCUACUUCCCUACAAAGGUCCGGGCAAUGGUGAGUGACUUUGCUGUUUUCCUGACCAUCCUUACCAUGGUCAUAAUUGAUUAUUGCAUUGGGGUUCCAUCACCUAAACUGCAAGUUCCUCAUGUGUUUAAGCCAACAAGAGAUGACCGAGGGUGGUUCAUCAGUCCGAUAGGAGAGAAUCCAUGGUGGACCCUGCUGGCUGCUAUAAUUCCUGCCCUGCUGUGUACAAUCCUCAUUUUUAUGGACCAGCAAAUCACUGCCGUUAUUAUCAACAGAAAGGAGCAUAAACUUAAGAAAGGAUGUGGCUACCACCUGGACCUAUUAAUGGUUGGCAUUAUGCUUGGUGUUUGCUCUUUAAUGGGACUUCCUUGGUUUGUGGCUGCAACAGUGCUCUCCAUAACACAUGUGAACAGUUUAAAACUGGAGUCUGCAUGCUCUGCCCCUGGAGAACAGCCAAAGUUUCUAGGAAUCCGAGAACAAAGAGUUACAGGCCUCAUGAUAUUUGUAUUAAUGGGAUGCUCUGUUUUUAUGACUGCAGUCUUAAAGUUUAUUCCAAUGCCUGUACUGUAUGGAGUUUUCCUUUACAUGGGUGUUUCUUCACUGAAAGGAAUUCAGUUCUUUGAUCGAAUCAAGUUGUUUGCAAUGCCAGCGAAGCACCAGCCUGAUUUUAUCUACCUUAGGCAUGUUCCAUUGAGAAAAGUCCACCUCUUCACUGUGAUUCAGCUGACCUGUCUGGUAUCAUUAUGGGUCGUCAAGGCAUCUCCUGCAGCCAUUGUCUUUCCAAUGAUGGUCUUGGCUCUGGUAUUUGUUCGGAAACUAAUGGAUCUCUGCUUUUCAAAGAGGGAACUGAGCUGGCUGGAUGACCUCAUGCCAGAAAGUAAAAAGAAGAAAUUGGAUGAUGAUGCCAAAAACAAAGCCAAUGAGGAGGAGGAAGAGGAAGAUGAAAAAAUGACUGAAAUUGAAAAUGAAAAGUUGAGCCAGAUACCACUCGAAAACAGAACUUUACUGAAUGUUCCAGGAAAACAGACCAUCACUAGGGGAGAUCCAUCUGAAAUUAACAUAUCAGAUGAAAUGUCCAAAACAACAGUAUGGAAAGCACUUAGUAUGAACACAGAUGGGUCCAAAACAAAGGAAGCAAGCAACACUCUGGCACCACCAAGUGGGAUUGGUGGAAGAGAUGAAACAAAAUCAAAGGGAUCUAAUGCUAAAUGUGAUAAAAACAGCGAUGUUGGAGUGUUGAUAGAAGCCAGUACAGAGAGGGUAUUGAAAAGAAAACUGAUCAGUUGGGCAUAUCGAAUAUUAGCUGAGAACUGCAAUGGGCAAUCAGCUCACAUAACAGAAUAUUGGGGAGCUACAAAAGUGAUUGCAAUGAAAGUGAAACCUGAACAAAGCCCAGAGCUAUGUGAGACUGGGGAAACAGUGAAUGAUAACAAAAAUGGAAAAUUGACAAAAGAAAGCUAA